AUGACUUCGCAACGUUUAUUUACUGCUAUUCUCCUUACCACAUGUAUUUUCAUCGCCAAUGCGCAAUAUCCCGUACCAAUGCCACCAGGUGGUCGAAUGUCUGUUCACGGUUGGCUCAUCUUACCAUGGGAUACAAAUAUGACUGAUGGGCCUGUUCAAGCAUGGUUUUCUCAUCACGUUCCUGAAUUUUGGACUGAUUCUCCUCAUAAUUUUCAAAUUAUUCUCAACGGAUUGCUGACACCAUUGGCGUGCUUCAAUACAGAGCCUACUCCUCAACCUAUACCAAUCCCAUACCCUCCACGAGAUAAUCUCGUCGAAUACGAAUAUACAAUUACACCGCCACCGGAAUUUUCUCUCAAUGAUCUUCUAUUAGGAACAUUAACUGAACUAAAAGGUGUCGUUUACAAUGGAUCAUUUGAUACUUCCUAUGAACGUAUUCCAUUAGCAUUAGCUACGCUAACUGUUCGUGAAUUAACAACUGCAGUUUACUUAAACGAAUCGAAACUCAUUCCAAACUAUCCUGAACUACGUUAUCUGUCAUAUCCACGUGACAUGUCACCAUCAGCAGAUACCAAACCCUUUCAACAUGUCUACUUAGCGCAUGAAAUACAUUCAGUGCCAGACUUUGAUCAUAUUGUUCACGCGAGUAUCGACACGACACGAUGUCAUUGCGAAACCGGACUUCCGUCUCUGUGUAAUACUGAACAAAUACUCAAAGACAUUCGCACACCUGGCGUUGAAUGGGCAUUUCCAUCAUUGAUAAAUAGUCUACAAAAUCGUUUACAACCUCCGAUGGUUAUUCGGGGUCGAAUAACGAGUGGACCUGUACUCUGUCCCAUAACUAUACUGGAGUCCAUACAUUGUAUGGUCGGACCAGGUUUUGAUAAAAAUUGUUGA